UCCUGUUUGUCUCGGCCGAGCGGGGCAGCGCCAUGGCGGCGGCGGCGGGGGGCGGCCCGGGGCCCGGCGGCGGCGGAGGAGGAGGGGGAGGGAGCCGGCGAGGAGCGCCCACCACCAACAUCCUGGCGCAGCUCCGCCGCGGGCAGCUCAGCGGCCGCGGCCUCACGAGGGGGGCGCAGAUCACAGAGGCCUUGUUAAAGGAAAGAGAUAAACAAGCAAAGUGGAAUGGGAUUCCCUUACUGUUGCAAAAGCUGUAUGAGCACAGCCACCCAAACAGCGACUUCUCCCAGUGCCAAAGCAUCUUAAAGGAAAUUUCUCCACUUCUCUCGAUGGAAGCCAUGGCAUUUGUUACAGAAGAUAGAAAAGCUGCUCAAGAGUCCACUUUCCCAAAUACGUACACCUUUGACUUGUUUGGAGGAGUUGAUCUUUUAGUAGAAAUUCUCAUGAGACCAACUCUUAUGACACAAAAGAAGAAACAAAAAAUAAGCGAUGACCUCAUCAAGGACUGUUUAAGCAUACUGUACAACACGUGUAUAUGUACGGAAGGAGUCACAAGACGACUGGCAGAAAGAAAUGACUUUGUGCUGUUCCUGUUUACACUGAUGACAAACAAAAAGACAUUCCUGCAAACUGCAACACUCAUUGAAGAUAUCUUGGGAGUAAAAAAGGAAAUGAUACAAUUGGAUGAUAUACCCAAUCUUGCGAGCCUUGUAUCUAGUUUUGAUCAGCAGCAGCUUGCAAACUUCUGCAGGAUCCUCGCCGUCACAAUUUCUGAACUUGACACAGGAAGUGAUGACAAGCACACGCUGCUUGCCAAAAAUGCUCAGCAGAAAAAAAACUUGGGACCCUCUCGAGCUGAAGUUAAUCAAGCUACGCUUCUGAAUAUUCCAGGCUUCAUUGAGCGAUUAUGCAAACUGGCAACACGGAAGGUAUCUGAAACAACGGGUACUUCCAGCUUCCUUCAGGAGUUAGAAGAAUGGUAUACCUGGCUGGACAAUGCGCUUGUGCUUGAUGCACUGAUGAGGGUGGCAAAUGAAGAGGCAGAGCAGAGCAGUACAGAGUCUUCUGAUGAAAGUGGAUUGGCAAACACCUCAACACGAACACAGCUUCCACAGUCUAUGAAGAUCAUGCAUGAGAUUAUGUAUAAGCUGGAGGUGUUGUAUGUUCUCUGUGUGUUACUCAUGGGGAGACAAAGGAAUCAGGUUCAUAAAAUGAUAGCAGAGUUCAGACUGAUUCCUGGCCUCAAUAAUUUGUUUGACAAACUGAUCUGGAGGAAACAUUCAGCAUCAGCUCUUGUUCUGCAUGGACACAAUCAAAAUUGUGACUGUAGCCCAGACAUUACUUUAAAGAUACAGUUCUUGAGGCUUCUUCAGAGCUUUAGUGAUCACCAUGAGAACAAAUAUCUCCUUUUAAACAGUCAAGAACUUAAUGAGCUGAGUGCAAUCUCCCAUAAAGCCAACAUCCCGGAAGUUGAUGCAGUUGUCAACACAGACAGGAGUCUUGUCUGUGAUGGGAAAAGAGGUUUGUUGACCAGACUUCUUCAGGUCAUGAAGAAGGAACCAGCUGAGUCCUCCUUCAGGUUUUGGCAGGCAAGGGCAGUUGAAAGUUUUCUGCGAGGCACCACCUCCUAUGCAGACCAGAUGUUUCUGCUAAAGAGAGGACUUCUGGAGCAUAUUCUCUACUGCAUUGUUGAUAGUGAGUGCAAAUCACGGGAUGUGCUUCAGAGUUACUUUGACCUUCUGGGAGAACUGAUGAAAUUCAAUAUCGAUGCAUUCAAGAGGUUCAACAAGUACAUCAACACAGAUGAGAAGUUCCAGAUAUUUUUGAAUCAGAUCAACAGUUCACUGGUUGACUCGAACAUGCUGGUUCGCUGCAUUACGCUGUCCCUGGACCGAUUUGAGAAUCAGUCUGAUGCUAAAGUUGCAGAAGUCCUGUCAGAGUGCCGCCUGUUAUCAUAUAUGUCCCAGAUGUCCAUGAGAAUGUCCUUUCUUUUCCGUCUCAUUAAUAUUAUUCAUGUACAGACACUUACACAGGAAAAUGUCAGUUGUUUGAACACGAGUUUAGUCAUCCUAAUGCUGGCCCGAAGGAAAGAAAAGCUACCUUUUUAUCUGCGCACUUUGCAACAGAUGGAAUACACAGAAAAAUAUCCAGGUUUCAUCCUGAACAACUUCCAUAGUCUUCUGCGAUUCUGGCAACAGCAUUACCUCAACAAGGAUAAAGACAGCACCUGCUUAGAAAAUAGCUCAUGUAUUAGUUUUACCUACUGGAAAGAGACUGUAUCUAUACUGCUCAGUCCGGACCGGACGUCCCCCUGUGCCAUAGUUAGCUACAUCGACGAGGCAUAUAUGGACAUUGACAGAGACUUUUCUGAGGAGUAAUUCUUCGCUCUGGCUUCUGAUGGACAGCGCUUGGAGGGUACCUCGCAGCCCGUGGAUUUUCAGGGAUACGCUGUGUAGUGUGUGUGCGCGUGUGCGGCUUGGAACCGCUGACUGUUACUGCAUUGUCAAAACCCCGGCCCCCAUCUCUGAUCUCUAACGGAUGAGACUUUGAGAGCUCUCUGGGCAACACAUUCAGGGAUGUAUCUUCCAGUUGUUCUGGGAUAAAAAAUAAUCACCUGCAAAAACUGAUAUUUUUUUCCCCUCCUCCCACCCCCCACCCCAUUAAACGUGGCUGGUCAGAGCUCUCUGUGCUGACAGACGAGGAUUCUCCAUACGUGCCAACUUAGUGAUGGCUCCUUUUCAUGGCUACCAGAACUAGCAAGUCACAAAGCACAGAAAUUGCCCUCCAAAUGUGAGGUCCAAGGAGCCAGUCUGCUUGGGCCCUGCCACACCAGCCACGUGCAGAGCCACCACCAGGACUCCCUCCAGGUGCACCUCUUCUGUUGGGGUUUGGAAUCAGGGGUUUAGGGUUGGUUAGAGUGUGUGUGUGUGUGCAUGUGUGCGCGCAUGUGUGCGCUUUUAAUUCCUGAGAGCCCUAGCUCCAGUCACCUCUUUAUCAUCUACUUUUGGAUCAUUUGGUACUAAAUCUGUUCAGCCGCUGUCUAUAUGUUAGGAGAGAACCUCUGCUCCUGCUGUCUUUCCUGCAGAUCCUUCCUCUCUGAAGGCAUUUCACAACAGUGCAGAGAACAGAGACGUUUCAGCAGCGGUGGAAUUGCAACAGGGGUUGGCUUUUUCACAGAGCACUAGCAGUAAAAUAGACUAAUUUUUUUAAACUUGGGGCUUGUCCCUUCUUGGAUAACUAAUCGGGUUUUAAAAUACUUUUCAGGACCAUUGCUCUUAAUGCUAACCUGCUAUGCGUGGAAGUCUUACGUCAGUCUGCUUUCAGCCCUUAAUAUCAACACACAUACAUGAAUCUUGAAGUGCAAUAUUUAUUGGAAAUGUCAAUUUUUCCUGGAUCUGUUUUAAUGAGAAUGUGUUAAAUACUGGGAAUAAACACUCCUAGCUGAAAGUAACUUUGCAGGAUGUGUUGGGAAAGGGAGAAAGCAGGUUUUGGUGCUCACGACUGCCAGACCUGUGCACACCCUGCCUGCUCACCAACAUUGUGUUGCUCCAAGACAGUCACAUUCUCAGGAAUGAAAUACAGCCUGAAGGCCUGAGCCACUGCAUUUAAGUCAAAAUGUAUGAAUCUUGCAGCUCCAGCUAAAAGGAAACCGGUUUUCUUUUUGAAACAUGCAUCUGAAUUUUUUAAAAAAUCUGUUAUUUGGUGAGACAAUUUGGCUUCAGCUCUCUCUAGGGUAUCCCUGAGCUGUAGCAUUUUGUCUCUAAUCCUUGCCCCGGACUGAAACCCCCUCUGAGGGGUCCCUGUGCUGGGGCCUGGGUGAGCGGACGAGGCUUCCAGCCCCCAGUGCAGGACUUGCUCUCCAGCAGUCACGCCUCUCCUCUUGCUUAUCUCACACUUCCGUGUCCUGCUGCAGACCUGCAGUCAGAACUCUGCUUGGGGGGUGCUCAGAGCUGCUGAGCUUGUGCAUAAGCCUGGAGCCUCGCAGGAGCCCCAGGGGAGCCUUUGGUGUCCUGGGGGCUGAGUCCCUGGGGCAGGCUCUGCCCGGCUCUGGUGAGGGUCCCAAGUUCACCCCCCUGGUGUCGGGGACCUCUUCCACCCUCUUCACCCCCAGCCUGUCCCCUCCCCCCCAGCUAAUUUCUUUCUCAUCUGUACUUUUUUGUUCUUGGGUAUUUGUGUUUUUGGUGUAUCUUUGCUUCUUCUUACCUGUAAUAGAUGUACACUUAAAAUAAAUGCUUCAAAUUAAAAGGCUUUUAAGUUAAGGGAUGCCUUUUCCAUAGUCUAGUUAAUCGGUGCAUCCGGUGAUUGCUGCUACACCCCUGCAGAGUCUCAUUUACAUCUCUGUAUUUCUGUAACGUGCAGUUAAGGGCCGAGCUGUGUCUGUCCUUGGCUAUGGGCCUGCGUGAGGCUGAGCUGCAGUAACCCCAGCCUGGAUCCCUCCUCCCCAGCGUGGGAGCACGGCCAGGCCAUUCACAGUUGGUUCUGUGUUUUGGGUCCUCGCCUGCUAGAGGCAGCUUGGCUUUGUUUUCACCUUCAGGCUUGCACAGGAGGCUGAGCUGGGUGACUGCAGAGGACACGGGCAGGGAAACCGCGGCAGCUCCUCCACGGAGGGAGUGCACUGGUCUCUGGGGAAAGGCUCUGGCCACUAGGGGCACGGCCAUGAGCAUGCUGAGAGUCUGCUGCGAGCUCGUGUUUCCACGCCAGGUACCUUAAGCAGCUCUUCUGAGAGGGACCAGACAGCUCUGUCCUUGUUAUGUGUUAUUUAUGGAGAGCACAGGGAGGAAGGCUCCUGUGCAGGGCCGGGGGGUGCUCGCUGACCCCAGUCGAGGUGGCAGCAGCUCUGUGAGGGACGGGGUGGAGGUGGGACCCCUGUCACUAACCUGCCGCUGCAAGUCUGCACUAUCCCCACGGACCACUGAGGUGCGUGCUGCCCAGAUUAAUGCCAAUUUACUAACUGCAAAUAAACAUAUUAAAUGGAAACUUAUUAAAGAAAUUUAUUUUAA